UCAUGGCGGAGAUGGAGGAACAGGAGCUCGCCGAUCGCAUGUCUUGGGAGGAGGUGACGGAGGCCGACCGCCGCGGCCUGCUGGAGCACAGCCGCGAGUUCCUGGACUUGUUUUGGGACAUCGCCAAGAUGGAGCAGCAGACGCGGCUGGAGGCCACGGAGAAGUUGCUGGAAUACCUACGGGCCAGGCCGGAGGGGUCGGAAAUGAAGUACGCCCUGAAGCGCCUCAUCACUGGGCUCGGGAUGAUGCGCGAACAUGCUCGGCCGUGCUACAGCCUGGCCCUGGCCCAGCUCUUACAGUCUUUUGAAGACAUCCCCUUGUUAAGCAUCCUGCAGCAGAUCCAAGAGAAAUACAAGCUGGAUUCCUUGACCAAGGCCACAAUGAGAUCCAGUCUCUUUGGAAACCUGUUUGGGGUGCUCGCCCUCUUCCAGUCAGGCCGGCUGGUGAAGGACUUGGAGGCGCUGCUGGAGUGCGUGAAGCUGCUGCAGGCCCUGGCCCAGCACCACAACCACCUGCAGGAGCAGCCCCGGAGGGCCCUGGUGGACAUCCUGUCUGAGGUGCCAGACAAUUUGUGGCAAGGGCUGCUGCCCAAGGUGCUCAGCACCGACCUGGAUGUGAUACUCAGCUCGCCCGAGCACCUGGAACUAUUCCUCUUGGCCCGGAAGAAGGCGCCAGCCAAGCUGCAGAAGGCGAUGGGUUCGGUCAACCUCUUCUCUGAUGAGAAUCUCCCCAGGCUGGUGGAAGUGCUGCGGCGGGCCGCUGCCAGCGUGAAAAAGGAGCAGAAGCUGCCGCCUGUGGCCCUGGGCAUGCUGCGGCUGGCGCUGGAGGAGGACAAGUUCCCUCAGUUCUGGAAGCAGGUCGUGGAACAGGGGCUGCUGCAGAAACAGCUGUGGCCAGUCAACUAUAUGUGCUUCUACUUGCUGGGCACAGCCUUGCCCCUGCUGUCCAAGGAGCAGCUGCAGCUGGUGUUGCGGGGAGACCUGGCUCGGCUUCUGGGGGAACAUAUGGUCACGUCACAGGUCCAGAACAAGUUCAAGUUUCUUCCUGAGCUGACCAAGUUGGUGGUCACCUUCCUGGAGGGAAGUCGGGAUGACCCCGAGAAGCAGCUUGCUGUGCUAGUGGAUCUCACAUCCAUCACCAACCAGGGCCUCCCUGCCAUUCCCACCUUCUGGCACGUCACGAGGUUCCUGAGCCCUCGGGCUCUGCAGGGCUACGUGGCCUGGUUGCAGGAGAUGUUUAUCCAGCCCAAGCUGGACUCCUUGGUUGACUUCAGCACCGGCGUCCAGAAGAAAGCCUGGAAAGCUACACCCUCCAUGCCUGGACGAGCCGUGUUCCGGCUGCGGAAGUGGAUCAUCCAUCGUUUGGUCAGCAUGAUAGACCACAUGGUCCAGGAGAAGGAUGAGGCCAUGAUCAACCAGUUGGCCAGGUUUUGCUUAUUCCACUCAUUCUUUAAAACAAAGAAGCCCGUAGCUCAGAUCCCUGAAACAAAGCAUCAGUUCUCCGUGCCCUUGGAGGCCCGGGACCGAGAGAUCAUAAGCGAUGGCUUCUUCAGCUUGCUGCAGGCCCUCAGUUCGCCUGUCCGGGAGGCAGCAGCCCAAGCUCUGGGCGGGCAGCUCUGGACCCACCGCCUGUUACAGUUGGCCAACACACUGUUGAACCAAAACCGCAACGUGACCCCUGUGACGCCCUUCACAACGCAGCAGCGCGAGGCCUGGGACCAGAUGCUGCAGACCCUGAAGGAGCUGGAGGCCCGUUCCUCAGAGGCCAAGGCCACUGCCUUCCAUCACCUGCUGCUCCUUGUAGGCAUCAACCUCUUCAAGAGCCCUGCAGAGAGCUGUGAUCUCCUUGGGGACAUCCAGGCCUGCAUCAAGAAGAGCAUGGAGGAGACAGCCCAGCAACCCCGAGCCAAGGCCACCAACUCUGAGGAGCCUCCAUGGGUGGAGGUGAUGGUGGAAAUCCUGCUAACUCUGCUGUCGAAGCCCAGCCACCUGAUGCGCCGGGUCGCCCGCAACGUGUUUGGCCAUAUCUGCUCCCACCUGACCCACCGGGCCCUGGAGUUGAUCCUGGUUGUGGUGAACCCUGAGAGCAGCCAGGAUGCAGAAGACAACGUGGUGGUGACCGAUGAUGCUGCUGAGGAGCAAGUGAGGAAUGGCAAAGACAAGGAUGAUGAGAACAAGAACUCUGAUAGCGAGGGUGAGGAGGAGGAAGAUGAGGAGAGUGAGGAAGAACGCGACAAGGAUGUGGACCCAGGUUUCCGUGAGCAGCUGAUGGAGGUGCUGCGGGCCGGGAAGGCACUGGGUGAAGGGGACAGUGAGGACGACGGGGAGGAGCUGGAUGAUGAGGCCAUGAUGGCGCUGGACAAGAACCUUGCCAGUCUCUUCGCUGAGCAGAAGCUGCGCAUCCAGGCACGGCAGGACGAAAAGAUGAAGCUACAGAAGGAGAAGGCGCUGCGGUGGGACUUCCAGAUUCGCGUGCUGGAUCUGAUUGAGGUGCUGGUGAGCAAGCAUCCCAAGAACGCCCUGAUCCUGGAGCUCAUCGAGCCACUGCUGAGUAUCAUCCGGCGCAGCAGCGGUGGCAGCAAGCAGGAACGCGACCUGCUGCACAAGACAGCCCGCAUCUUAACUGAGAACCUGUUCCGGACCCGGCAAUGCUGCCAGGGCGUGGGUGCCCGUGCAGAUGCUGUGCAUGCACAGCUGGAGCAGCUGGUGCAGCAGGCCAGCCGCCAGACUGAUUCCUCCAUUGCCUUCUACUACUUCAAUGCCUCCCUCUACCUGCUCCGGGUGCUAAAGAUGAACCCUGCCCCAAAGAGCGUGCCAAAGAAGAGGCAGAAGAAGCAAAAGGCCGUCCCUGAGAGCAGCUCCAAGGACCCACAGAUCACCAGCUGCUUGGACUUGAUGCGCGUCACCUCAGCCUACUCAGCUGCACUGAGCUCCUUUCUGACCAAGCGCAACAGCCCACUCACCAUCCCCAUGUUCCUCUGUCUCUUCUCACGCCAUCCAAUGAUCUGCAAGAACCUGGUCCCCAUCAUGGUGCAGCACAUAGCAGGUCCAACACGGCCCCACAACCAGGUCCAGGCCUGCCAACUACUGCAGAAGAGCCUGUGCAUCUCAGAGCUGAAGGUGUGCUUUGAGGACGCAGAGUGGGAGCAGCUGAUAAGUGGCGUGAUGGCACAGGCUGCCAAGAACCUGCAGGCCCUGGGGACGCCACAGACCAAGCCAGAGCACCAGAGGGAGGCAUCAUCCUUGGAACUGCUGAAUAGUAUCCUCCGGACCAUCAGCAACAAGAAGCUGACCGUGGACCUCACCGGGCUCCUGGGCGUGCUGCAGAGCCAGCAGCAGAAAAUGACUGAGAAUUUGCAGCAGGGGGAGCACGCAAACACCUCCAGCCGUCUCCAAGACCUGUACUGGCAGGCCAUGAAGUACCUGGGAGCUCAGCGCCCCAAGCUGGAGAAGGAGGACACCAAGAAAGUCCCCAGCAUCCCCCAGAGUCCCAUCAGCAUGAAGCAGAAGAAAAAGGGAUUCCUGCCGGAGACCAAGAAGCGAAAGAAACGCAAGGCUGAGGACAUGGCCCAGGAGGCACCCUCGCCUGCAGCCACUGCCGCAGACCUGCCCCCCAGCACGGGCAAGAAGAGGAAGAAGGUGAAGGCCAAGCUCCCAGCUCAGGCCCAGGUCAACGGCACACCUCCUGCCAAGAGUCCGGUCCCCAGUGACAGCCCUGCUAAGACACCAAAACAGCAGAAGCAGCAAACCCCAAAAGCAGCCCAGGUCAGCGAAGCCAUCCCCACCUCCCUGGCAGAGCCUGUAGCUGAGAAGCCACAUCUGAAGCCCCUUCCCAAGAAGAGGGUCUUAGGCAAGUCUCCCCUGUCGCCCCUGCCACGGAAGAAGGCCAGGCUGUCGUUGGCCACCAGGGGCCCCCUCCUGUUCCAGUUUGGGGCCAAGAAGAAGAAGGUGAAAGCCUGAGUGCCCCAAGCGCAGACACCACCCACCCCAGAGACACCUAUUUUUUCACUGUAAUUUUAAUAAACAGGCCGCAGUCUGUGGCCCCAGCCGGCUUUGCCUGGUGAGGGUUUGUUGGCAGCCGGGUAGUGCAGGGCAUGGUGGCUCCCCAGCUGCUGUGCCACGCGAGCUAUAGGCUUGAUUUAAAUAAGUUUAUUUCUCCAUUGACGAGGAAUAUAUUUGGCUUCUCUUAAGACUCUGAGAUUCACAAUGAGCAGCUCUAAAAAAUAAAGGAGCAGUUUGGCUUCCGGAAGGAAGAGGAGGCAA